AAAAGCUCUUUUGCUUUUUUGACAUUUCCAUGAAUCGAAUCUCUCGCCUCCCUCCCUUCCUUCCCAGUUCCCCCCACCCUCUCUCUCUCUCUCUCUACGACUUGUCUUCUUCCUUCUCCAGAAUCGCAGCCGCCGCCUUCGGAGACCAGUGUACUCCGGUCAAGAGACGGCCAUUCGCCUCGACCUGGAACUCCGCAUUUCGCUUCCUUUUGAAUAAGCUCGAGCUGAAUGCGAGUGCUCGAGAGCUCGAAGACCUCUUAGAGGAGAGAGAGACGCGGUUUUUUUUUCCUUGGGUGAUGCUUUCGCCGGAACGUACUCUCUCUUGUUCUUCAGCAUUUUGAUGGUGUUGUUAGAGCUUUAGGAUCGAGUCGAGCCUCUAAGACCAUCUUCGGUUCAGCUCAAUACAGUCAAAGAACACGGGGAUUGGCUUUGGCGAGCUCGUUAAGAGGAGCCAUUGAUGGUGGACAUGCCAAAUCCGUCUUCCCAAGAGGUUUCUUCCCGCGACGUAGCGGCACCGCCGGCUAAGAAGAGGCGUAAUCUUCCGGGGAUGCCAGAUCCUGGGGCGGAGGUGAUAGCUCUGUCGCCGAAGACACUGCUGGCGACGAACCGGUUCGUGUGCGAGAUCUGCAGCAAGGGGUUCCAGCGGGACCAGAACCUGCAGCUCCACCGGCGGGGCCACAACCUGCCUUGGAGGCUUCGCCAGCGGGACGGCAAUGCGGAGCCGCCGCGGAAGAAGGUCUACGUGUGCCCUGAGCCAGCCUGUGUUCACCACAGCCCCGCCAGGGCCCUCGGCGACCUCACAGGGAUCAAGAAGCACUUCUGCCGGAAGCACGGCGAGAAGAAGUGGAAGUGCGAGCGGUGCGCCAAGAAGUACGCCGUCCAGUCCGACUGGAAGGCCCAUGUGAGGACCUGCGGCACCCGCGAGUACAAGUGCGACUGCGGGAUGCUGUUCUCUCGGAGGGACAGUUUCGUGACCCACAGAGCCUUCUGCGACGCAUUGGCGGAGGAGAGCUCGAGAGAUCACAAUAACAACUCGGCACAAGACGAGCAGAAAGCGAGAAGUUCUGAGGCUGCCGCCGCCUCGUCGCCCCCGCCACCACCGCUUACUCCGUCGACCACGGUGGUGUCUCCGGUCCUCUCCCUUCAACGUUCAGAUUUGCCUGAAAAUGCAAUUGAACUUGUGCCAUCUGCUCCGGCAUCGUCUUCUCUAGCUGCCACCAUCACAGCUGCCGCUGCCGCUGCCGCUGCCGCUGCCGCCGCCGCCACUGCUGGCCUGGACAACAGCACUGUCACCGGCGGCAACACUGCCUUCACUGGCAUAUUUCCAGCAUCGGUUGCACCGCUGCUGCAGGCCUCGCCUUCUUCGCUCUCCAAUGUGGUCUGCACGGCAGCGCCCCCAUCGCCCUCUACUGCGGAACCGGCCUCACUCUCCCUCUUCCUCUCCAGCACUGCCUCGUCCCUCUUCUCGAGGCCCGAUCAGAACACGCAGCACCUCUACGCCCUGCCUCUGCCUCCCGCCCCGGCCAUGUCCGCCACGGCCUUGCUUCAAAAGGCCGCUCAAAUAGGUGCUGCAGCCACCAGCGCGUCGCUGCUUCGUGGACUUGGCUUAGCGAUUUCCUCACCUCCUGCUGCUUCUUCCCACGAGGCAACUCUGGUGACCGCUGGGGAUGGCUCCAACCUGUGGAGCAGCCAGGGGAAGGUGGAGAGCUCCUCGGAAGCAGCCGGGCUGGGGCUGGGUCUCCCAUCUCAGUCAUCGCUGUUCGGCAACAGGCCCAUGACAGUGGAUUUUCUGAGGCUGGGAAUGGGCCCUGCCGGGGGCCACACAGGUGGGCUUUCGGCUCUGCUCACUUCAAUUGAUGGUGGGCUGUCGAUGGACCGUCGAUUCAGCGGUGGAGUGCCCGGUGUUUUGUAUGGAGGAGCAGGUGGGAGAGGUAGGGGGGACGACAUCGGUCGAGGUUCUUGGGAGGAGUUCCCAGAGUCGAAGCCUGGUGGCCCUAAAGGGCCUCCUCACCAUCUCUAGUGACUGUACAAGCGAACUUGCCGGGCUCUUUUUGGUCCUGGCCUCGUGGGGUCGUUGAUGGGAUGCUCAAGCUUGGGACUGCUUUUGUGUAAUAUAAACAGCAUAGGUGUGAUUAUUGUCCGAGUGUAUACCGUUCUAUUUAUCUCAAGUGUUAUGUUAUUUU